ACGGAAAUGCCCGUUUCCAUAACAAUUUAGUAUUAUUUCCUUAUUUUUUUAAUCGGGUUUUUUCAACAGUAUCGUCUGUAUAGUUACAAUUACCGGACAAUGAGGAAGUAGUGCUUUGAUUAAGAUCCAAUGUAUAAAACACAUCAGUAAUAUUUUUGCAAUUUAUUGUGGAUCUUCUACUUCGCUGGAUAGACACCGAGUCUGUUUUUGUAUAUAACUGGUGAUUUGCGUUAAUUAAGAAACGUGUAGAUAUGGUGAACAGACCCUGAUUCUACAUGGAGUAAGAAAUAAUCAACAUUGACUGAUUGACAUCAUGACGAAUAUGGCGUUGAUUAUCUGUUUAUCAGUGUUGUACAUUCUGCUUGCAAUAGGUACUACCAGUGGAUCAUCAGAUUGGCAUGCAUUAGAACACAACUCCUAUAGAUAUGUUGAUACUCAUCGGACCUUCCAGGAUGCUCGAGAAUACUGCCAGAAGUUUGGCGGAGAUCUGGCCCAACUUAAGACGCGAGAAAUUAAUGACUUUGUGCAGACGUUGAUAGGCAAUCAAUCUGUCUGGUUUGGGCUCACUGAUCUCGAAGAGAACUGCGACUACCAGUGGAUUGAUGGGUCUUUGCUUAACCAUACAUUUACCGCAUGGAAUGCCAGUGAUGCGUCUCUAUGUCAUGCUAGCAGCCACUGCGUCCAUCUACUAGCGCAUGGUAGAUGGCAGGAACACAACUGUUCUUCCCCGAGUUCGUUUGUGUGCGAACACUCAGAUUUCCACAGAGUGAUUAAACGACCAGCCGAUGUCUACCUGUGGGUUUCUAAUCCGUUUGCUCCUGUCUCUGAUCUUAAAGUCUUGGUAAUUACGCGCCAACAGCAGGAGAGGAUCGCUUGCAAACAUGUCACCUACGACACGAGAGAUGCGCUUACCCAACACAUCUCGAGUAGUAUCGUGUCACUAUCGAUACCCUCAUCGUCUGCCGUCCAUGAAUUGCUGUUAGAUCCGAAUUCCAACUACCACGCAGCCGGUAAAAUUGUUUGCGGAAUUUCAUCGGAGUUUGAUGAGCACACAACCACCGUAUCAGCAUUUCAUCUUGUACCUGGCAGAGACGCGCAACCGAAUUUAGGGCGAUUUACAGUGACGGCCUACCCAGGAACACCAGUUCGUCUGGGAAUGAAUAAAGUCAGGCGUCUUGAUGGUUUACGUUUGCUAAUUCUUGCAUGGACUUUCUACAUGUCGAGUAAUACUAAUGACAGAGGUGAUAUAUUUUCGCCUUAUUUGGGCGACACAGCUCACGUUGAAACGUCUGCUGGCGAGGAGCACGAGGGAGCCUACGUCGCAAGGAUUUAUGAUACGGACAACUGUCGCACAUUCGGAUUCAACGGCAGUGUUAUUCAAUUAAUAGUUCCUGAUUGCCCUGCAGGAAGAUGGGGUCCUCCAGCGUGUCUGGGUAUCUGUGAUCCCUGCUACAAUGGAGGGAUCUGUCAUGAUCUUUCUGGAUCGUGUGUCUGUCCACCUGGAUUCACCGGAGACAAUUGUCUGACAGCUUGUGGCAAGCAUCGGUUCGGUUCAGAUUGUGAAAUCGCAUGUGGCCUUGGCCAGGAGUUGAACAUUUCUUGUGCAGGAAGCCAGAUCUGUCGCCCCGAUCCUUAUGGCUGCAACUGCAUGUCGGGGUACACUGGGAAAUGUUACCGGACAUGUGAAGCUGGUUUGUACGGCGUGGACUGUAAUCAGACUUGCCACUGCUCAGGAGGGUCAGCCUGUGAUGUCUUCAGCGGUGAAUGUCCGGGGGAAUGUGAAAACGGCUGGUCUGGUCCAAGCUGUCAAGUUCCCGAAACUUGCCCUGAUGGGUUUUACGGCGAGCACUGCAGUAAGGUAUGUCACUGUCCUACCGUAUCCUGUGAUCAGCUGACCGGUUACUGCGUCGAUGUGGACGGUGCUUGCGCUAAUGGGUAUGUGACGGAUCCCUCGAGGGACACGUAUUGCGAUGUCUACGUUGGUUGUUUUGACUCGUGUUCCAAGACAUGCCGUUGUUCCGAAGGAGCCUCAGGUUGUAAUUCUGUAACGGGCGGGUGUUUCUCUGGAACAUGCCUCUCUGGAUGGGAUGGACCAGCCUGUCAGACUGUCAUAGAUGAUGGAUCGACCACCACUGUGAGCGAGACCUCUGAACCUGACAUCACGGGGAGAAGCUUGAGAAGCGCCUGGUCUGGUGGGAGCGCGUUGUGGGCGCUCUUAGGGAUCACACUCGUCUGUCUCGUUGUGUGUCUUGGUGUAUUAUUCGGCAAGAGGGUUUGCGGCAGAGUGUCAUCGAAACCACCACAGACGGGUAGGUCAUCGAUGUCUUCACCCGCGGGACUAAUGUCACCUUCCCCUGAUGAUCACGUACAUAAAAACCCGGCGUUCUCUGCCGACGUAGACCCUCCCGAUAACACCUACCAACCGCUCAUCAAGGGCUCCAGCGUUGCGGGGACCAAUAUCGCAAUGGCGUCUUCAAGUAACGAGUACGUUGACGAGAACCGGCCUCACUCUGUCGACGUUGGUACACCCGAAGACGCAUAUCAGCCUCUCUACAAGGGCCCCAGUUCAUCGGGGAGCAAGACGCUAAAGAUAGAAGAUUCGUACGAUUAUGUGUCGCCAAUAGAGGUCUCCGGUAGUUCCAAGCCCAGGGUCCCAAAGAGCAGGGAUCCGAACGAGUAUGAAAUGCCCAUCAGUCCAUCUGACGGUGUUUACCAGAACAGUAGCUUCAAAGUACUGUUACAAUUUCCAAACUAAAACAGCUCGGAUCGAUUUGAUAUGAUUCGUCAGGAAUACAUGCAUUGAAAACAUGAAAUACAUGAUAAAGUUUUAAAAUUCUUGACAAAAUAACAAGUAAAAGCUGUUUCAUGCGUUAUCUUGUUAAAGAGAAUGAGUUCUGGUUUAGGCGAACAGUAAUUUGUCAUUCUCAUAUCGUAGUAGAAAAUAUUCUAUAGGCAGGGUUAUCUUUUAAUGCACCAAUAUCCAAAUUAUGACUAAUACGAGCUGAAGAGUUUGAACAAGGCUUUCAUACCACAAGCAUGUAAAUUACCAUUUAUGCAUUACAUGUGAUUUUCAGAAAAACUUUAAGUCAAUUUAUUACCAUUUUAUCACUGAUUUCAAACUUAUUGUGUAUCUCCGUUCUCAAUUACUUCAUUGGGAACCUUUUCCAAAUUACCUCUAGACAAUUUUUCACAAAUCAAUCACAUUAACAUAACCCAUCUUUAUCUUUAACUUCAACUUACAAAUUGAAUUGAUAUGGUGUAUUCACGUUGUGGUGUGUGAUAGGACCUAUCAAUAUGGAAAUAUCCAUUUAGCUAUUUAGUGUAUGGAUAUGACCUACUUUUAACUAAUUUUGAAACUAUGUACAUGUAGUUUAAAUAGUAUGGACAUUUUAUCUAGCGUUCCUGAAGGUGGUUCUCAAGUCGGGAGGAAAGACGCGAUGGUCAUAGUGAAAGAGCCCAUUUUUCAUGCAAGUUAGCUUGGGAAUGUUCGAAGUAACGUAUACAUAUAUGGUACGCAUCUAUCUUCUUGUUUGGUCAAAAUUUAAUACUCUCAACAUUGUUACGCAGUUUCUUUUUAAAGAAUGGAUUGUGAUUUGUGUGAUUUUGAUUCAAAUGGCUUUGUGGUAGGGUUUAAUAAUGAUAGUGUAAAAUAUUCAGACUAAUUUGCGGGUUCCUUUGAAAGUGAGAUGGAGAAAAUCAAAGGAGAAAACUAAGGCGUUAACAUUACCGAAUACUUGUUGUUAAACUUUGCGGGCCUACAGUUCAACAGGAAACAUGGACAUAAACUGUAUUUGUUACGUUUUUGUACGUUAUUUAAACUCACUUCUACAUAAAGUAAAAGAGUAUAUGUAAACUGUUUAUUAAUCAACAAUUAUCUGUGCUAGUUAGUUUUCAUUUUUGUAUUUUUGUAAUGUAUUAUAAUGCGUACGAUAUAGAUGGAACUAUGUUGAUAAAUCAA